AUGCAGACGAGACAAAUAAAACUGUUAACCAUUAAUGCAAAAGGAUUAAACAGCCCAGAGAAACGCUCAAUAGCCUUUAAUCAUAUGCAUAAGGAACUGGGGGAUAUAAUGUACAUGCAGGAAACACAUUUCAAAAAGGGAAAAGAACCAAAGUUCAUCAAUAACAGAUACUGGGAAACAGAACUUAAAAAACACCCUAAUUCCACUGAUAUACUACAAGAACUCUCCAAAAGUAAAACUGUACUUAACAAUUACCUGAUGAAGGAAUACCAGAGGAAAGCAAACAUACUACAGCAACGAUACUUUGAUGUUAAUGACAAAACUGGCUCAUCCUUAGCGAAAGCUCUUAAAAGAAAACAGCUAGAUAACCAUGUAUAUAACAUAUCAGAUACAGCAGGACAAACACAAAAAGACAGCAUACAUAUAGCGGACACCUUCAGACAGUAUUAUGGGAAGCUGUAUAGUAUCCCGAUGAAAGGUACACAGGAAGACAUAGAUAAUUUACUAGAUGACAUACAGCUUCACCAACUAAAUAGUGACGACUCCGAAACCUUAGAUUUGCCAAUCACACCUGAAGAAAUAAAAAAAUCCAUUAAAAACAUGCCAAACGGGAAGAGCCCUGGACCAGAUGGUCUAAACAUAAUAUAUCAACCUCUAUCUCCUGAAGAGGCAAAGCAAAUUGGAUUACAGGUUCAAACUCCUGAGAAAGCAGAAUAGUUUGUCAAUGCCUUCCUUAAACGUAGUAUGCCUAACCUGAGAGAGAAAACUAUUCAGUAGUGCUUGGAGAGCAAGGCUGUUGUUUUGGAGCACAACUACAAAAAGUAGAAACAGAACAAAUCUAAAGAUUUAACUGCAACAAAAAGAGAGAUGAGACUCUUUAAAAUUAAACCAGCACAGCAAAGGUAUGAGUUGUUUGUGCCACUACAUGAUCUGUGGAAUCAGUACAUCAGGGACUUGUGUAAUGAAUUCUGGCCUGAUAUGAGAGAAAAGUUAUUUAUGGAUUCACUGUUUAAUGCCUUUAUGUUUUUAUCUAUAUUAACAGUGACAAAAUCAAAAUGCCCCCUCCUAAACCUUACUUGUAUCAUUUUACAGGAAACAAAAUUUGUAUUAAAAUUUUUAAAUAAGAUUAGGAAAAUAAAUUUUAUUCCCAAGUUAAACUGCGUCUUUACCCUGGAAAUUGACGGAUUUAUUUAACACAUCGAUAGUAGCAAGCUUCAAAUAAGAUCCAGCUAGCGUUCUGCCAAGAUAUUUAAAGGCAAAGGCAGCAUAGACUUGUAA